UGGCAAUAACAAUAUGGCCGCCAAUUGUUUUUCUGUUGAAUAGAAUUAACGAUAAUUGCUGUAAUUUGGAAAAGCGGAGAAGGGAAAGAAUGUAGAAAAACUAUAAAGUAAUUCAACAGUAGGGAAAGAAUGUAGAAAAACUAUAAAGUAAUUCAACAGUAGCUGCAGAAUUUAACAAAUUAAAGAUGGAAGGAAUACCCACUACAAAAAGAGCCACUACUGGUUCCUUAAAAAGUGAAUCAGAAAUUGAAUUUUUAGUGAACAGAAAAAAGAAUGUUAUUUCUCUGAAAGCCAGAUAUCAUUGGUCACUGUUGCGCAACUCAAUUCGUAUAACAGUGGAUUCCAUCUCAGAAACUGAUUCUAAAGAUGUGGUUGUUACUCAUGGUAUUCAUCAUGUACGUAAAAUGAAUCAUCCCCACUGUGUUCAACAAGUUGCUAUGAUAAACACAAGACAGGAAUACAUAACAACAGAUGGAAGAGGUUUCCGAAUAUUUUUAGAAGAUGGUAGAAGAAAAGCUAACAUUAUUCCUGAAGAAACUAUGGACCGAGUUAUAUAUUCUUCACAAACAGAUCAAUAUGUUGGCUGGCAACACAAAACAGAUCAAUUAUAUUUAAUGGAAAAAGAUGAAUUAGAGAUCAUAUCACAGGUACGAACACCGGAUAAAGUGUUUCUAGCUACAUAUAAUAGUAACACAGGAGAAGUACUAACAGUUGGUCCAAACUUUAUAAUGACUAUAGCAUUUCGUUAUGCUGCACGACAUCUUAUACCUAACAAAACAAUAAAAACAGAGUUUGGUGAAGAUAAUAUGUUUAAUAUGAUGGUAUUAGAAGAUACAGCUAGUCAGUCCCAGAGACUUUACUUAGCUAUAGACAGUGGAGUUGUGGUAUUUAACAUUCAUCAUGGAAAGAUGUUAUUACAUAAAAAAGAUUUACAUGUUCGUUCUAUAACAGCUUUGACAUUCUUUAAUCCUUUGAAGUAUGUGGUUACAGGAGCUCUAGAUGGAUCUAUAAAAGUAUGGGAUGAGAAAUGGCAUAUAGUGAUGGUAUUUGUAGGACAUUGUGAGAAAGUCAAUGCUCUAGCUGUUUAUCCUAAUGGACCAGCUGUAAUAUCAGCUAGUACAGAUCAUACCAUUAGAGUGUGGAAUCUAGAAACAUGUGAUGAAGUUGAUAGAGUAGCUAUAGCUGAACCUGUUGAUGGUUUAGGUACAGAACAACAGUAUAAUAUAUUCUAUACAUUUUCUGGGCGUAAAGUUGAUUUAUGGCAGCUACAACAUUUAUAUAACAUACAUACUGCUAUUGGGCAUCGUGUAAAUAAAGUGAAAAUCACAACUCAUCCAUUUUUUCCUGUAAGAGCUGUAUUAUCAUGUUCUGAUUCUAGUGUUCGUAUUGUUUCACCUGGUAAUGGGAAUGUCAUUACAUCUUUAAUUAUGGAACAGUUUUCAGGUUUAGUUGAUGCUGCUUAUGCUAUAGCAGAAGAGACAUUAUUUACCGUAAUGGGUAAUGGUGAUAUUGUUAAAUCACUUACUAAUACCAAUCCAUGUAAAGUUGUUAAUAGAUGGAAAAAUUUUCAGCCAGGAGAAAUUUGUAACUAUCUACUGGUGUAUGAGUAUAUUGUUGAUGUGAUGGUCGAGGGAGAUAUUUGGGAAGCUAUGAAAAGAGGUGCUACCACUCAAAGUUUAAAAACUUUGUCCCAUCCACCUAAAAACCAGAAUCGCAACAGAACUCUACUACUAGGGGGAAGAAGAGAUGGCUAUAUUUGUGUUUAUAAUUGGCUAACUGGUGAUGUAGAUUUUAAGAUAGAGGCUCAUGGUAGUAAAGGCGUGUUAAAUCUGUUGGCUAAUUCUAAAGAAGAUCAACUUAUAUCGGCUGGAAUGGAUAACGUGAUUAAAAUUUGGAGAUUGUAUCCAUUUGCUGAAGAAGCCUUGACACCAUUAAUGUCAUUUUACUGUGCUCAUACUCCUGCUCAUAUGUCUACCAUUAAGUCUACAUUAUGUGUGACCUUUCAAGAUCCUACUACAGCUACCUUCAGUACAGUGCUUUAUAAUCUCCAGGACAAAAUGUUUGGGAAUGAAACUCAAAAUUUAGAUGCUUUUCACAAUCGGUUUGACCAUAAACCAGACGACGACCAUGUAGAUGUAAUAACUGGACUGACAGUCUGUCGGCGUAUGAAGUUGUUUGCAUCUGCUAGUAUUGAUGGCACUAUUCGUAUCUGGAAUGAAACUAAUACUCUUGUCAGGUUACUGAAGUUAAAUGUAAUACCGUACAGUAUCAGCUUCUAUAAUUCUAAAGGUGAUCUUUUAGUUGGUAUAGGAAGACAUCUGUUUAAAAUACCAUACGAGUCAUAUAUGCCAAGAGCUUACAAAUGUAAGAUGGUGACAAUGAAGUUUUUAGAACAGAAAGCAGAAAAACCAUUAGAAUAUGAUUCUAACUUGAUAAAUAUGAUGAGUAAAAAUGAUGUUAAAAGAUUGAAAAAUUCACGAUCUUCUUUCAAGUUCGAUACAUAUGUUGAUGUAUUAACACCAGAGGAAGAAGAAUCUGUUAAUAAAGAAAAAGCUGAAAAAGAAAAGGCAUUUUCUGUAUUAUUUACGAGAGACGAUGAAUUAAAACAGUUAAAGAAAGGGGAUGUUAAACCCCGUAAAAAAAAAUUUGCUAGCCAACAAACUAAAGAUGAAGCUUUUAAAAAUUAUAUGAAGAUGUUUUAUGAUAAACCAAAAAUUACUUUACCAGAAGAUGAUUUAUUUCCACUAGAUACAGUUAAUGAUAGAUUAGCUGCUUCACCUGAUGGAGAUAAUGAUUCAUACAAACCAGAAGCAGGACCAACAGGAUUCUUCCCUGAUAAUUUACCACCAAAAUCCAUUCUUAAACCCUCAAAACCAUGUGCAAUGCCACAGAGGAUUGUACCGGGAGGUUUUAUACCUAAUUCGGUUCUAGCUAAAAUAUUAUAUCCGACACCUCGUACACCAGACUCGGAUCAAUCUAGUGAAUAUCGACCACCAUCUUUAACAUUAGAUCAGCUACAACAAAUUGGUGAAUUUGGAAUAGAUACAACUGAUAAAAACUCUCCACAUAGAACUGUUAAAUUUCAUCGUAAUGACGAUCAUUCAAAUAGAGUUUUUGACAUGGAAGAUUAUGUGGAAGAUAACCAAUCACAGCGUAGUUCACUACCUAAAACACCCUCACCGACGCCCUCUAAUAAAUCAGAAGAAGAUGCUUUCUGGGGUAAACCUAAGCCUCCACCCGAACAGUUGCCAACCAACAAGUUCCAGGGUUUGUUAAAUCAAACACCAACACCAGAGCCAAAACAAGAAGAGAAAGAAGAAGAAGAAGAAGAAAUUCCUGUCAGAGUUCAAAAAUCACCCCCUAAACCAAUAGCUAAAUUAAUAUCCCGUCCCCCAAUCACCCCCCCUAAACGCCGAGCACCUACUGUUAUACCUACUCCCUCGCCUCCUGCUGUAGUAUCUGUUAGAACUAUCCCAACUCCUGCUUCUCCACGUCCUAUCACACCGCUACCAGAUUUCAUCACUCAGUUUACAGAUACAGAAUGGUUUAAGCAAUAUUUUCCGAGCUGUUCUGACACAACCUGGCCGAAACCUUGGACAGCUGAUGCCUUUGCAUUAUCAUUAUUAAAAGUUUUACGUUCUACAGAAUUUCCUAAUAAAACCGCUAUAUCUGAGGCACUAAUAUUACUCAAUGUACAGGAAGGAUUUUCCGAUUUCACUUGUCAAACAGCAGCUAGAACUAUUAUAUCUGUGUUAAAUGAUAAAAAACAUGUUCCAAUUAGUGCUGUGGAUCUAGAGAAAAACUUUAUUCUAACAGCAAUACGAGCUUUAAACUGUUUGAGUAUCAAAGAUAAAGAUUUUAUAACUGAAUUAAUUAUACAGUAUUUAGAUGGUGACAGAGAAGUCAGAUCCCUGGUUUGUGAUAUUCUCAUAAAUUGUGGUUUACAAGAUUCUCAUCGACAGCUAGAGAAAGAAUUAGAUUCCUGGGAUAUCUGGAAUUUAGAAGAGGAAGAUAGAAAGACGGAUCUACGUGUCAUGUGUCAUCAAUGGCUAGAUAGAUGGAUGACAUCAUAUAAACUACAUAUAGAAGAUACACUAGAAAGAAUGAAGAAAGGACAAAAUAUUCAUGGCAGAAUAACUAAAAGUCAAUUACAGAAACAUCAAACUAAAGCUAAGAAGAAAGGCUCUGCUGUAAGUAUAUUAGAUGACCAGGGUACCGUAACAACUUUACCAGAUGGCACAGAAUUUAUACCACGCCCAUCAGAAGUUGAUAAAACAUCACAACGAUCACCUUCUAGUUCUAGUAGAAGUAUUACAUUAAUGUAUAACAAGUUACCAGAUGGUAAUUUAACUGAGAGUGCCAGUUAUAUUGAUGUUGUUAAUUAUUUCUGUGAGAUGAUGGUAGAGAAAGAAAUAGAAUCUAUAAAACGAGGUCACAGCGCUCACCCAGUCACUAAAACAACUGAAAAAAUACAACAAAAUAAAAACACAGUUCUUGUUUUACCUAGAUUACCAAGGUAUUAA